AAUAAAAAAGGUUUUGAGGGAUUCCGAAACACAGCGAAGCGAUUAUUUCAUUGUGAACCAAGACGCAAAAUGCACGUUUAGCUGCGGCUCCUGACAAAAGAGCGCUUCUUCAAAGACACUGCGCAUAGAUAGCGCAAAGCGUCAAGAAGAAGAAGGAGGAGGAGGAGGAAAGGGAAGAGAAGGGGGGAAAAAAACCCGAAGCAAAUGGUGGUCUGCUGUGAUGGUUAUUCAGGGAAAAGAGCAACGGCGUUGUGCGUAAGACGAUUAAUAACAGACGAGCUCUUUUCUUUGCUGCGGAUGCAAGAACAAGCUGUUCGAUUGGGGGCAGCGAACUGCAAACGUCAUUUUCACUUCUUUAAGCUGAGAAUGUUUUAUUCUGCAUUAGCGGUAGGUCCUGCGCACGCACCUGUCUAGAAUUAAGCCGGCUAUUCCAUUCAGCUGCGCCAAAUGUGCGUCAGUUUCGGUUUUUUGCACCCUGAGUAAGCCUGAGUAAUACUGGCAAGGCGUUCUGUACAGUACGUAUGUAGCCAGUUUCCAGAUUUGAUACUGUUUUGGUGCAAGAGUGCGAAAUCGUCCCAUGCUGAACUGCGCCAGAGCGCUCAUGCUGCAUGAAGUCGGCCGCUGCGCCUCCACGGUGGAAACGACGGCGCUCCAGUCCAGGUGAACUGGAAACGAGGUGGAUAUUGUUAGAAAGACCAGUCAGAGACGGAGAAGAUCAGUUCCGAUGGAGCCCUCAGACGGCCCUUCGAUCUCAAAGUGUCCCUCUGUUCCUAAUUCGCAGUGUGCGCUCAAUGGGAGCAUUUAUGAGUCCGUCAGCGAGGGCAACGUCAAUAAGAUGGACAGCUCGGGCGCGGUGCGCGGUGGCAGCGACCCGAGCGCUUAUCCGCCGCUCUCGAGCUACCGGCGCUCCACCGGUCAGCGCUUCAUCUGUAGGAGUUUGUGGUUCGCAGAAGACGAUCAGGCGCACGACGCUCCUGAAUACGACGUCCGCAGCGAUACAUCCACCAUCUGUCUAAGAACAAUAGUGGAUCGGACCAGGGGCGCUUGGUCCAGCUUACAAGAAGGCUCAAGCACCGAGAGUCAGGCUGGACAAAAGGACAGCGCCACGGAAAGCACGAGCGCCGAUGAGGAUAAGGACCGGGCCGGUUCUAAAGUGAACGCAGAUGCACCAAACUGCGCUAAAAGCAGCGUCAAGACCGCAAGCGAAGAGAAUGAAGAAGAGGCCGAGAUGAAAGCUGUCGCCACUUCUCCAAGUGGUCGUUUUCUCAAAUUCGAUAUCGAGCUUGGUCGAGGCUCGUUCAAAACCGUCUACAAAGGCUUGGACACUGAGACCUGGGUGGAAGUGGCGUGGUGCGAACUCCAGGACCGGAAGCUGUCGAAAGUAGAGCGACAACGCUUCAAAGAAGAGGCUGAGAUGUUGAAGGGUCUGCAACAUCCAAACAUUGUACGGUUCUACGACUUCUGGGAAUCUCUGCUCAAAGGGAAAAAAUGCAUUGUUCUGGUGACGGAACUCAUGACCUCAGGGACAUUAAAAACCUAUUUGAAGCGCUUUAAGGUGAUGAAGCCCAAAGUGUUACGGAGCUGGUGUAGGCAGAUCCUCAAAGGCCUUCACUUUCUACACACGCGUGCCCCUCCUAUAAUCCACCGGGACUUGAAGUGUGAUAACAUCUUCAUCACUGGUCCAACAGGCAGUGUGAAAAUCGGAGACCUGGGCCUGGCCACACUUAAGAGAGCCUCUUUUGCGAAGAGUGUCAUUGGCACUCCAGAGUUCAUGGCCCCAGAGAUGUAUGAGGAGCACUAUGACGAGUCAGUGGAUGUGUAUGCCUUUGGCAUGUGUAUGCUGGAGAUGGCCACAUCAGAAUAUCCCUACUCGGAGUGCCAGAAUGCUGCCCAGAUCUACAGAAAAGUCACCAGCGGGGUGAAGCCUGCAAGCUAUAACAAAGUCAAGGAUCCUGAGGUCAAGGAGAUCAUUGGCGAGUGUAUUUGCCAGAAUAAGGAAGAGCGCUAUUCCAUUAAGAACCUACUGAAUCAUGCAUUCUUUGCGGAGGACACGGGUGUGCGAGUGGAGCUGGCUGAGGAAGAUGAUGGAAGGAAGGCCUCCAUUGCACUCAAGUUGUGGGUGGAGGACCCACGUAAGCUGAAGGGCAAGUACAAGGACACCGGCGCCAUUGAGUUUACCUUUGAUCUUGAGAAGGAAGUGCCCGAAAGCGUGGCUCAAGAGAUGGUCGAAUCAGGUUUCUUUCAUGAGAGUGAUGCAAAGAUAGUGGGUAAGUCCAUCCGGGACAGAGUGGCGUUGAUAAAGUGGCGAAGAGAACGCAUAGUGUCCUCAGCCAAACAGAGUGGCAUGGCUCAGACGAUACAAGCCCAGGUACCCCUUGGCUCUGUGCCCACGGUGUGUGAGCCCGUUGGCAUGGUGGAGCCUGAGGAAACAGAGGCAGACCAGCAUGCCCAUCUGGCCCAAGUGAGCAGCACUACCACUGCUACAUCUGACAGUGGUAUUGGCUCCAUCAUAUAUUCUGACUCCCACAGCAGUAGCUUGCACAGUGUCAUUUACCCAUCACUGCAGGAACCCAUUUCCACAGCAGUGCAGCAGUGUCACAUGUCUGGCCAUUCUUUGACACCACAUGACAAUGAUUUUGAAGCGUGGCCUGGGUCUAAAGCAGGCUUCUGUUGCCAAAGCACUACUAUGAUUGACAUACGCAGAGACCAUCCACAUAUCCAGUCAGUUUUUCAGCCAGCAAGUCCUGAUUCCAACCUAUCACCCCAGCUGGAAUUGAAGGAGACGAAGGGGAAUGAUUCUCUCACUCCGAAGUUGUUGCUUUCUCCAUUACCAUUCGAUACUCGACGCCAUAGUGACUCCUCAGUGAUGCUUUCACCUGAAAGAGAGUCGGAUGACACGCUAUCGAAAUCCUGGGGCAGUCAGUAUUGUCUAAAACAUGCCCCUCUUGCACCAUAUCCCUUGUGCACAGUCUGCCUAUCGCUUCUGUUAUCUUGGACUAGGACAAAAAACAGCCCCAGCCCAUGUGCUCCAGUCCACACUCAGUGUAUGUGUGCUGACCGACCUGUAUCUCCAACUGGACUCCUGCAUGGAGUAAGUGGGCAUGGAGGCUCUCUCAGUGGGAACUCUGACUUGUCAAAACUUAACAGAUCCCUAGAAGACAUCACAGGCCACAAACACGUUCCAAAGCCUGCCCCAGUAAGAGUCCCAUCCAUGGUUUUUGAAAAGGGGCCAUACUGGGCUGUGCACAGUCACGGUGACGAGCAUGAGAUGACAGAAACUCUAAGUUUUGAGCAGAUGGCAAAGCCAACAGUGCACCGCAGAGCAAGUGUGUGCACGGAUGAUCGUACUUUCAUGUACCCGUCCAGCACUCUGAGUCUUCAGACCCAGCCAGCAUCAGCUGCGUCCCUGCAGGUGCCUGGCCAUUUGCUCCAGCCCUCACAAAGUUAUGUGCCAGCUGUACCCAACACAGUACCUGUGCAGCCUAGCUAUGUGCCCGCAAGUCAGCCUGUGCAGCUACAGACUUACUCUUCACUGCCGUCACAUCUUGCACAACAGCAAGCAACAAUCAUCCAACCAGUACAGACUACACCUGCACAGAGUAAAUCAACUGUACCACAGAUGGUGAACAUCCAGAGCUGUCCUCUUCCAAGGCAGUCUGGGCAACCGAUUGCCCAGCCGAAUGCCGCUGUACCACAGAGCUACAGCCCUGGUGUGCAGCAGCUUGCAAGCACACACAUUUUACCACCCUUGCAGCAAGCUGAAGCUGGCCAGACAUUGCCAUCAAUGCAGCAAGUCAUCCAGAAUUUACUGCCUGAUCAACAGUCUGCUGAUUCAACUGUGCAACGUUUGACAAAUGUCCAGCAUCUCCCAGCCUCGCAGCGUGGUGUGCAGCCUGUUUCAGCUUACGGAGCAGUACAGCAUGCUUCCACUGUGCAGAGCUUUCAGGACGCUGCAGCACUGCAGCUAAACAUGCAAGCCUCUCAGAGGGGAGCUUCCAGCCUGCAGCAAGGCUCAACUGGAGUCGCAGUGAUGGGCCAAGAAGAUCCUCUUGUAACUGGGCAAGCCACAACACAGAAAGGUCUUCAUGCAGCUGGCAAGAUAGCUGCUGGAAGAACAGAUUUCAAAGAAUCUGCUAUUCGAACUGCUCCUUUACAAACAAGUCACACAGUUGACGUUCCAGCCCAACCAGCCCCAACUUCUCAGCAGUCUUUAGUGCAAGUUUCUGCUGAUCAACAAGCGCAAAUACAUCAGACCUCCUUGUCUCAGAAGCCAACCCAUCUCUCACAGUUAUCCUUAUUGAACUCUGGCCUUCAUGUCAGUGUUCCUCUUCCUGGACAUGAUUCCUUUUCUUCAUCCUUUCCUUUUUCUGCACAGUCAUCCUUUACUCCACUCUAUCUCUCCACUGGCCAACCUGUGCCUAUCCCUCCCUCUGUUUCACCGGGACCCGACUCGCAGAUGGAUGGCCCUGUGCCAACACCCCGCCCACUCCUACACUCUGCUUCCUCUGCACCAACACAGUGUUCCCAACAAGCAUGUUCAACUCCUGUUUUCACGAGUAUAAUACCAACAAUACCAUGCUCCCAACAGGGCUACAAUAUGGCUUCCCAACAAAGUGCAAGCUCCUUGGCCACACCUUUGCAUCCCCUCACGCAGACCAUUUCCCCAGUUUACCCUUCCCAACUCGCUUCACCAAACACUACCUCUCUGUCUGCAGGAGCUCCUCCCAUCUUUCAGGCUACUCAGGGUGCUCCCAGCAGCAAUAACCAGUCCCAAAUUGUGCUUCCAGCUCUGGUGAGCUCAUGCCAGAGCGCUGUUCCAGUCCAUUCUUCUCAGACAGCUGUCACCGUGGCUCCACAUGCGACUGCCAUCCCUGGCCAUCACGCACAAACUGCCCCUGCUGCCCAGCUGACUUCUUCUGUCCCACAAAGCAUUGUACCAGAUCCUUCGAGCACUGGGGAGUCUCUGGAAAUGAACCAGGAAUUUCAGGCCUCUGCAGUCACCCCUAAAAUAAUUCAGCAAACACAGUCGAGCAGCAGCAUCACAACUCCUCCUCACAUUCAGCAGUGCAGCGGAAGUGGAGCAAGCCAGCCAGCCACUGAAGUGUGUGCCGAGGACUGUGCUCUAGAUAAGCAGACAACAGUGGCUGCGUAUGACAGUGUGACCUCGGAUGCAGCAUCAGGAAAAGAGAUGAGUGAUGGGAACGAGGGAACACAUGGUGGAAGGAGCGAGUCGAGGGUCCGCAAACAUCAUCGCAAAUCCUCCCGUACACGCUCCCGCCAGGAGAAGACUGGCAAGCCAAAACUGAGCAUGCUCAACGUGUGUAAUACAGGUGACAAGAUGGUGGAAUGCCAGCUGGAGACUCAUAACCACAAGAUGGUCACCUUUAAGUUUGACCUUGACGGAGAUGCUCCGGAGGAGAUUGCCACAUACAUGGUUGAGAAUGACUUUAUCUUGCUGCUUGAGAGGGAGAUGUUCAUUGAGCAGCUGAAGGACCUAGUGGAGAGGGCUGAGGACCUCCUGAAUGAAGAUGCUGAGGGAGAGAGGGACUCAGGACAUCGGUCACAUCACCAUCAGAACCUCAAAGGUGGUUCUGGUUUUGAGGGAGCAAAGCCUCACCAAUCUCAGUCUAAUCAACUCGUGUACCAACAAAAUGUACUUCACACUGGAAAACGUUGGUUCAUCAUCUGCCCUGUGGCUGAGACUACAAAUAACGGUGAAGACUGUGUCACAGCCAAAGAGGAUACACCUGCAGCUCAAAUGCAAGAUAUUAGCAUAGGUGAAGCCAAACCUCUCCAGAACAACCUACCAGUGUCUAACAUCGCCGUCAGUGUCCCCGAACAGACUCAAGCAGUGGACGAUCCUCAAAGCACUCCUUUAGCAGGAAUAUCCAUGGCUGCCGACAUCCCAUGCUGUCCUGUUGUCCCUCCCACGUCUCAGGCUGAUAACAUUAAAAAUGCACCCCCUCCCCAGCCACCUAGUAAUGACCCCAUCCCUGUCUCAGACACAUCUUUGACCCAGAUUCAACCAGUAGUACUUCAGCAGCCAUUUUCCACACCUGUUCCACCUCCUACACAGUCGCAGCCUCAGAGCCCUGCUCAUCAAACACAACAAGGUCCUCCUACUACUACAUCAGGGCCUACCACUUCACACACACAGCCAGGGAGUGGGCCAGCUGAGUCUGAUGGGGAAGGGCCUCCUAGACUAGAGUUCACCGAUAGAACAAUAAAGACACUUGAUGAGAAGCUCAGGAACCUUCUGUACCAGGAGCAUAAUCCCUCACAAUCUGCAAGCUCAACUUCAGAUCCUCCUGGCUCACCUCCGGUAUCAGACAGCCAAAGCAGCGAUGGACCACUGAGAAGAGGGGAGAUACUGCCUCAGAUUCCAGAGAGGACUGAUAGUCUCGGUACCUUAACUGACUCUGCUGUUGCUCCUCUAAAUAAGCAGCUGACAACCGACUUGGAGGGUAACUCUGAUGGACACCCUACCGCAAAAAGCCGUUUCCAGAUUGUUCCUACGGCACCGGAUAUCGUCCAGAGUUUGGAGCGUGGCGGGAAGAGACGAACUUCCUGCAGUUCUGCAGCACCUGGUCUCAUGGAGGAAGAGGCUGCAGUGAUCACAAAUAUUGGAAUUUCUACUGCAAAUGAGAACGGAGAUCAAACCAUGCAAAUGAGCCAUAGUAAUCGUUAUUCAGCUCCUCCAAACCUCUAUCAGAACAUGCUCACUUCCAAUGCGGAGGCCAUGACCUCAAUGCCUCAUGCUCAGACCUCUUUGUCCAUGGAUGCAGCAACACAGCAUGGCUUCCACGUCUCUACAGAUUCUGGUGAAGAGGACAACCACUUGAUUCUGCCCCAUAAACCUGCACAGGUUGUCCCCAGCCAAUCAGAGCACAGUGGAAGUGAUCUUGUAAAGCGUGCUGUAGCUUUCUUUCGUCGCUCUGGCCGCAGCAGCAGCGUACAGAGCUCUGAUUCACCCAACCGUCUACCAGUACUUAAUGGCCAUGCCCACUCUGCAUAUGUCAGCAGUGAUAACGAUUCAGAGUUUGAGGACGCCGACAUGAAAAAGGAGCUGCAGAAGCUCAGAGAAAAGCAUAUGAAGGAAAUCUCUGAGCUGCAGGCGCAUCAGAGAAGUGAGAUCGAGCAGCUUUAUUCACGGCUCGGACAGCCCGUGCCUCCUAGUCUGGGAUUCCUGCACGCAGUACCCCCUAGCGGCCGCCGCCGCCGAACCUCUAAACACAAGCUCAAAGCAGGCAAGCUUCUUAAUCCGACAGUGCAACAGCUCAAAUCUAACCGUGCCAGCAGCCCAGAGACCUGUUCUAGCAUGUCAGGAUCUCCAGCUAAAAGCUCCGCUCUAGGCAACAGCUCUGUGGCUUCCAGCAUGGCCACACUGCAGAGUCCAGUGUCUGAACCUCUGCAUCCUGUCCAAACACAGCAGCCAUGCUCACUCAAAGUCUCACUGUCCUCUGACAACAUCUGUAACUCAGCCCCACAUACACUCCCAGGGCAAGGCUGGACCGUUUACCACCAAACAUCCGAGAGAGUCACCUAUAAAUCUAGUAGCAAACCACGCACUAGAUUCCUCAGUGGACCCGUGUCUCUGUCCAUCUGGUCAUCACAUUGCAGUGGCACAACUUCAACAAGCUCGGCAUCCAAUCAACAAUCAGCCCUAUCUCCUGCGGCCAUGCCUGUGCCUGAUCCUCAGCCAUUUACAACACUAGCUCAGUCUCAGACCAACAAUAGCAAUAACAAAAAGCAAACAUUCACCGAGGACUUGCACAAGCUGGUUGAUGACUGGGCAAAAGAGACGCUCACUGCUGGCCCUCAGCCCCGCCCGUCCCUUAACCAAAUCAAACAGCAGCAACGGAAUCGGGACUUGAAGGGCACGUCUACGCAUAUGAGUGGAGGCACAAUUCAGAUGACGGCUUCUAUGCCCCCAAAGGUGUUGCCAUUCCAGCUGCCUCGUCCGUGUCCACUCUCAUCUGCUCCAGGUCCCAGUGUAACCCCUGCCCUCAGUAAUACACCCUCACCUGUUCUCCAGCCAUCAUAUAUGCUCCCCACUGGCCCUUUUGGAGGGGUGAUGCAAGCUUCUGGGUACCCAACCCAGUGGCCUCAGGUGCCCUGUCCAGUUGGCACAAUGGGGCCGUUGAACAUGAUUGGCGCAUCGGGUAUGAUACCCCUCCCUACUUUGGUUAACCCUGCUCUGCAAACCUUUCCCUUGGUAUUGAAUGACUCAGAAACCCCCACGUGCAGAGGCAGUGCCAGAACUGUAUAACCAUGCCAUCGUUACUAUAACUGGUGUUCCUCUGUAAUGCGAAGCUUACUACUAUGCUAUGUAAAUUAGAACUAUGCCAAUCAUUCAGUGACUCCCUGGCUAUAUCAGUAACUUCCUAAAUGAUCAGUGUCUGUCAGACAUGCUAUGGUGUGCAGAUUACCCAGGCUUCACACUGAAACUACACUACCCAUAAUCCUGUUGCAUUGGUCCAGUGUUUUUGAUGUCAGCACCAGUCUGCGCUUGACAGCAGACACAUGUACAUAGCCUCAGAGUUUGUAAAUAAUGUGUGUGCGCGUGCUUGAACAAGUGCAAGUAAGCCUGCAUUUGUCUGGCCUUUAUGAAUUCUACAGCCAUAGCAAGUCAUAAUUUGAUGGUGUCUCUAUCUGUCAGUCUUUUUCACAACUCAGCAAUCACUGUUUGCUAAGGCUAAGACAGACAGAAACGCCUUUACCAAUGGCUGCCAGAGAGUACAUGCACAAACCUCAAAGAACAAAUCAGUAAUAGCAUUAAAUUUGAUUAUGCCUCUGUUUGUAAUAAGAAAUCCAUACUUGAAAUGCCAAAUCUACGACUCUGGACGAUUCUACUUUUUAACUGUUGGCUGAUGAAAUUGUUUGCACGCAUACACUGAGUGCUGUCUCAUACCACACUGAAGAUACAGAACAAGAAAAAGCAUCAAGGGGAACGUAGUGCCUUGAGAGUUUAACAAUUUCCCCAUGGAAAUCUGUAAGAGAAAACCAUUGUGUUUAUUGCAAUACCUAUUUUCAUCAUAAUAUCCACAAUAUCCGACCGUCAUAUAUAUUUGUUUACUGUUUUAAGGCUUUUUUUUUUUGACAAAGCACCACACAAGACUCAAGGUCACCGAAAAUGUCUGCAAAGCUUUUUUGAUGUUACGAUCCCCUCAUUACAAGCACAGUUUACAUUUUCACAACUGUGACUGGCCACUUGCAUGUUUUUUGAUAUCAUACUAUUGGACAAGGCCCUUUUACUGCAAAAUUUUAUGCGAUGCAGUGCUUGAGAACGUUGCCCAUAAGACGGCAAGUAACCUUUUUUGCAUGGGAACUGUAAAGUUUACAAAAUUCAGUCCAGGUUUAGCUUUGUUCGUGAAAGUAGGAGUUGGGAUUGAAAAGGGUUGAAUGCACUACUUAUGGAAGCAGUGAACAUAUAAGAUGGGACAGACAGUUUGGCUUCACAUACAGUACUUAAGUGCAAUUUAACUCUAAAUCCCAAGAAGAGGAUGAAGGUGGACUUGUCAUGAGCCAAAUUCACUACCCAAGUGAAAGAGGAGGACCUGCGGUGACUUUAGCAUGCCGCAGAACUCCGUACCGAGCCAUACACUAAUUACAGUGAGUUUAGUGGAGUUGUAUUUUCAUUUUCUACAUUAUGGGUUCUUUUAUUGGUGUACGAAUUGGAUAUAGUGUUUAUUUUAAGGUAGGAAGAUGGCGCAAUACUUAGUUUACACUUGUUAAUACAGGGUGUUUUCAAAAAAUUUGAUAUCAUUUCACAAUCUAAUAACUUUGCCAAUUCUCGUUCAGUUGACCUCAAAUUUUAACAGCAUGUGCGGAAACAGGUCAAAAUUUUGUGUUUAAUGUUUUUUUGUUUUUAUCUUUUUAGGUAUAGAAAUGACAUUCACUGGAAAAGAAAAGGCGUUUUUGUGUGUUGGUGCCGUGUCUCAGGCGGCGCGCAUAUUGAAAAUGUGUGAAAUUGUUCAUAGAAUCCACGUACCUUUUGAAUUUCUCGUUCAAAUUUUGAGGACUAAAACUUGUAUUACUCAACAUUAAGCUUGUUCAAUUUCAUUUGCCUAGACUAUGUGGUUUCUGGGAUAUUUACAUCUCAAAUAAUAUCAAUUUUUUUAAACACCCUGUAUAAUAGAUUUUAACUUUUUUUUUCCCCUAAUGCUGCUAGAAUGGCAUGAGUGGUCCAGUAUAUGAAAAACUAAGGUGAGCAACACUGACUGUACGAACCACCCCAGUUACAAAAUCCAGCUCCAGUCAAAAUCUGCAAAAAGGAAAAAAAAAAUCCUAUAUACUCUGAUGCUGGAUAGGAAUGAUACUGGAGUAUUAGAUGUUAAAUCACUCAUUAAGUGUGUCUGGGUUUUCUUGUUUAGCGAAUGUUCAUUUUCAAUAAGAGGUCCUCAUUUUAGAGGGAUUUGGCCGAGCAUCCUGGGCACCCUCCUUUUCUUGCACUUUCCUCUUCCUUCACCUGAUUUGCUCUUUGGACCAGCAUGAUUUGGACCAGCUACACACUUCAUAGAUGGAAUCACUUUUUUUUUCUCUUUUUCUACACUGCAUUUAAACAGCAAUAUGCACAUGGUCAAAAAAAAAAAAAAUCCAGCAAGCUACUCAAAGGUUUAAAAUCCAUCCCUAUCCCAACUCUACGAUCUUGAUACUGUGAUGCCAUUUUAACAUUAUGUUGGAGUAUGAGGAAAUAAAUGACACAAGUACAUCCAUUUGUCACACGUAGUAUGCAGAAUUGUCGUGUUUUCCAAAUAUUUUAAAUUAUAACAACAAAUUUUGAUUGGGAUGGCCUGGAAUCUUUGCUACACUGCAACUUUUUUGCACUUGGCCCCUUUUGUAAUUUCAUGUUCAACAUUUGGACCAGCACGUUCACAUGUUCUCCACUGCACCCUUGAAAAGUGAGCCACCUUUUUUUUUUUUUUGUACCCUGUAUUCAAAGAAGGUGGAAACCGUGAUUGUCAAGCUGUGAAUUAUACCGGUUGCUUGUAAUUAAUCUAUGUACAGUUAUUUUGCUUUGCUUUUUUUUUCUUUUACAUUUUCCCUGACAUGUGAUGAUAUUCUUCCAUCAAUUCAGUUUGAAUUGGAAUUUAAAAAAAAAAAAUGUAGGCUGUUCCGCAGAAUAUUCUGCUUUGGAUGAAAUACCUUUUAUAGAAAGAGAUUUUUGUCCUCUGUUACUUGUAUUUUUGACCCAGUUACCAAGUCUAUAAGCAUUUGGCAGAAGCGGGACUGAAUUAUUGAUUGUUACCAUUUUCUACAUGGCUUUCAUGUUUCAUUGCUUCUGCUUCAAGUUUCCCAUCCGCUGCAUUACUUUCUUCAGCCCAACCUAAGAAAGCUGCACUCUGAUUGAUUACAAAGACUGUAUAUGUUUAAUGAAAGAAAUAAAUAAACAUUAUUUUGGGCUUGAUAA